CCAAAUGGAGAACUUCAAGGAAGGUUUCAAUGCAACAAUGGAGAUGACUGCUACCCCUUCUUAUAACAUCAACACAACAGACGUGUCUGAAAAUAAUGGCUCUGUGUUUACUGACAAGUAUGCUGAUCUGAGAGAGUCUCUCAACACCAUGUCCCUUGUAAUUUACUGCCUGACCUUUGUUCUCGGUGUGCUCGGGAAUGGAGUGGUUAUCUGGGUGACCGGAUUCAAGAUGAAGAAAACAGUUACCACAGUUUGGUUCCUCAACCUCGCUGUGGCCGACUUCCUCUUCACAGCACGUUUACUGCUGAGUGUUGUUUACAUAGCUAUGAAUUUUCACUGGCCCUUCGGCAAGUUCAUGUGCAAGCUGAACAGAACUAUAAGCUUUCUGAACAUCUUUGCCAGUGUCUACAUCCUGAUGGUGAUCAGUGUGGACAGAUGUGUGUCUGUGGUGUGGCCCAUCUGGGCCCAGAACCACCGAAGUGUACGCAAGGCGUCCUGUGUGAGUCUGGGUGUUUGGGUACUGGCUCUGACUCUCAGCGCUCCAUACUUCGUGUUUAGGGACACUGCGCCAUCAUAUUUCUAUGAAGACAUCAUCAAUUGCUUCGACAACUAUGCUCUUUCUGAUGACUAUGUAACAGAAUCUGUGAAUCAGCUGCGUCUGUUUCGUCAUCAGGCCAUGACCAUCACCCAGCUCCUCCUGGGAUUCGUUGUCCCCUUCACUGUCAUUGUCUCCUGCUAUGCUGUGACAAUCCAUCGUCUCAGAAGAAACCGCACCCUGGCCAGCCAGUCAAGUCGUCCCUUUAAGAUCAUCGCUGCAGUUAUCACCACUUUUUUCCUGUGCUGGGCUCCUUUUCACAUCAUGGCUUUAAUUGAGCUGGUGAAUGUAUCUCAACGCAGUGAAACAUUAGGCUAUGUCAUCACCAUUGGGGUCCCUAUAGCAACCAACCUGGCCUUUCUCAACAGUUGCCUAAACCCACUGCUGUAUGUGUUCAUGGGCAAAGAUUUCAAGAAUAAGGUCUAUAAAUCCAUCCAGGCUGUACUGGAGACUGCCUUCCAGGAGGAAGUAUCAGGAUACCACAGAGACACACAGUCAGGGGACACCAGACAAUCAGCUCUUAGUACUGAAGUAUAGGGUUGUCAAUGACAUGAAGGAACAAAUACUGGAACUGUAUGAAGCAAAUUAUCUUGACACAAAUGUAAAUGUCUAUUGAAAAUCCCUUUCGCUUUGCUUUUGUUGUCUUCAUAUCAGGACCCUCAAGACGACCUGUAAACAUUGUGCCAAAUAAAAGCACUUAGACCUGA